GUGGAGGGAGUAGUUAAGAGGGCUGGGGAGGAGAAGAUGUAGCCAAUGGUGUGCACAUAGUUGAUUAUUAGUUGAUUACUGCAGGAACUUUCUUGCACAAAUAGCUGCAUUUUCUGUGUUGAAACAGCAACCACAUUUUGGAUGUAACAGCACAGUACUUUGCUACAAGCACCAAAUUGAUUCAUUGGAGUUGUUAAUCAAACAGAAACUUUGACACCGCACAUCGUAACGAGAGGUUAGAAUAAUGGUAGGACUUAAUUUCAAGGAGUUUGAAGAAGAGAGAUACUGAGGCUGAUGAAAGAGACUCAAGUGCUCUGAUGUUUGCCACAUUAAACUGCAUUACUGGGGCCGUUAAAUUAGGUACGUUCGAGAGCUCAGAGUUUAUGUGGCAUUGGUGCGUUGAGAGGUACCGGGCUGAAGAUGGAUAGUAAGAGAGGAGAGAGCAAGAUCAGAGAGGGAUUGGAAACCGAGGAGAGCAGCUUUAGAAUUAAGGCACUGCCAGUAAUGGGUUCAGAGGGUUUGGAAUGAGGAGUAAACAUACAUCUGGAGAGGGUGGGGAGAUGGGCGGACUCGAUUAAGCAUCUGUAUUUCACUUUCCACUUAGUUGUUUGUGAAUCUUUGGAACUCUCAAACUCCAAGAGUUGAGUAUGUUUAAGGCUGAGGACUGAGGGAUAUUUUGCGCUGAUUAAUCCCAUACAUUAUUUUGGAGAACAACAGAAUCAUUCUCUCUGAUAUUUGGCUUAUUUUUUUUGGUAUCCCUAAAACAGGUUAUGUGGUUUCUAACAUGUUGUGGAUGAAAAUCAUACCACAUUGUUUAGUGGUGCUAUUAUUCUGGAUUUCAACAUUGAUUGCACUUCAAACUUUUCGUCGAGAUAUUUUUAAAAAAGCCAGUAAUAGAAAUGAUAACUGUUCUGGAACGAUACUCUCUGUUCCUUCUGUGCAAACAUCUGCUUUGAACAGGCCCAAAAGUCCCCCCACCGACAUCACAAUCCCACAGUCCCUCUCCCCUUAAUAGGCAACAUUCCAUCCUGCUUGGCAAAGCCAACUGCAGUUGCCUGCCUUGUCCAGGCAUGGAAUUGCAAUGGAGAUAUCCGUGACAUUUAGCUAAGACUAAAGGGCAAAUUCAACCUUUUCCCUGAUGGAUGGCGGAGAUGUAUCAUCAGGGAUCACCACUUUCUAGACCAUGCCCUAUUCUGACGGAAAGACAGGAGGUACAGAAACAUGAGAUCCCACGGCACCUUUCCACACUUUCCAAUUUGCAGAUUGGUCCACUGGCAAUACCAUAGUCUCUGCCUUCUACUCUGUCCUGUCCAAUCUGAAAAAUGGUGCCUCAUCUGCCAGGAUGCUCUGUAUCAACUUCAGCUCACUGUGGGUAGACUGUCCUCGCUGGCUUUCAACACAUCUCUCUGCAACAGGAUGUUAGACUUCUUGAUAGAAAAGCCACAGUCUGUCUGCGUUGGCAGCGACAAUUCUAGUUCCAUCACACUGAGCACUAGUGUCCCUAGAGCUGCAGACUCAGCCGACUGCUGUUCAUGCUACUGAGGCAUAACUGUAGUGCUAGAUCCAGUUCAAACCAAAUCAUCAAGGUCACUGAUGACACGACAGUGGUUGGCUUCGUCAGCAACGAUGACAAGACAGCAUGCAGGGAAGAGGUGGAACUGCUGGUAGAAUGGUGCAAACACAACUUGAGUCUCAACAUGGACGAGACUAAAGAGAUGAUUAUGGACUUCAGAACAGUGCAGCCUCCUUACUACACAUACAUGGCUCCUGCAUGGAGCGAGUUAGGAGCAUCAAGCUUCUAGGAGUGCACGGACAGUCUCACACUGUCCCUCAAUGCCACCUCUUUAGUCAAGAAAGCACAGCAGCAUCUCCACUUCCUGGGGAAAUGAGGCAAGUGAGGCUUCACUUCCCUAUUUUAAUUCAUUUUUAUAAGAGCACAUUGAGAGUGUCCUGACCCGCUGUAUUAUUGUCUGGUACGGGAAUGACCAUUAGACUCUACAAAAUAUCGCAAGCAUUACUGAGAGGAUCUUCGGGUUCUCUCUUCAACCCAUCGGAGAAUUUAUCAGGAGUGUUGCAUAGGGAGGGCACUUGGCGUUAUCAAUGAUCCCUCCUGUCUGUCCCACAAUCUCUUUGAUCCCCUACCAUCAGGCAGAAGGUACCGUAGCAAUAGGACAAGGACUGUUAGGAUAGGAAACAGCUUCUUCCCCCAGGCUGUGAGACACCUGAACUCCCUGCAACAACUUAUGAAGUGUUAGUUGCACUAAACUAUUUACUUUCUGUUCACUUUAAUGUGGACGGAGGUAUUUCCAAAAACGCUUGGUGUGGAUGCCUAUCGUUUCUAUGCGAGACCAGCAUCUUCAAAAUUAGCCAGGCUAGUGUGGACAUAGCCUUAUUCUGUGUGCCUAUGAUAAAGCUGUAAGCAAGUUUUUCAAUGUUCCUAUACUUCAACCAUACUUGUGCACAUGACUAUAAAAUCAACUUGACUUAACGUACUGUAAAUCUUGGAACUUUAUCAUGAUAUAUGCCUGACUGUAACCCCUGUAUGUUAAGCUGCUUUAAUUUAAUCCCUUCGAUUUAGGUUAUUCAACAGUUUGCCCAGGCUGUAUUUAAUCAAUCAAGUAUUGGUUUAUUCACAACAAAACUUGCAAAAUCUGAUCAUUUAUAAUUAUUGAUUCAGGAAAAUGUUUCUUAUUACUUUGCAUCACUAAACAUUCAUUAGCUCCCCAUUUCCCUUCCAUCCUUGUUCUGUGCUGCAGGAUGUAGGCAGGAAUAGCCAACAGUAAGUAUCGAUAGACUUCCUUGGCUACUCUGACAAUGCAAUUUGAGCUCAACACAUAAACUCUUGAAGGAAUGGUAAUCUCUGCCAGUUUACACAGAGAUUAAGACAUCCGCAAUUCCUUAGGGCAAGGAAUUCUAAAAUUCAUAUCCCUCAUCCACUUAACCACUUCUUGUUCUUAAUUUGUAAGGUUUUAUCAUGAACCUUUACUUCAUUGGUAAAUUGCUGCUUGGUAAUUGGUAAACUGAUUUAUUUUUGUCACAUGUACUGAGGUAUAAUGCAAAACUUUGUUUUUUGUGCCAUCCAAAUGGAUCAAUUGGGCAGCACGGUAGGUUAGCAGUUAGCACAAUGCUUUAGAGCACCAACGAUCACCAAUUACGAUUCGGUUCCCACCGCCGUCUAUAAAGAGUUUUGUACAUUCUCCCUGUGACUGUGUGGGUUUCCUUUGGGUGCUAUGGCUUUCCGCCAAAUUCCUCAGACAUAGGGCCUAGUGUUCGUAAGUUAUGAGCAUGCUACGUUGGCACCAGAAACACCUGCGGGUGCUGCCCCAGCAUAUCUUCAGACUGCAUUGGUCAAUGUUGCAUACGACGUAUUUUACUGUGUUCCAUUGUUUCGACAUGCAUGUGACAAAUAAAGCUAAUCUCUCAUUUCAUCUCAUCAGUGCAUUGAGGAAGUGCAAGGGAAGAGCAAUAACAGAGUGAAGUAUCAUAUGUUAGAGUUACAGAGAAAAUGCAGUGCAGGUAGAUAAUAAGGUGCAAGGCCACAACAAGAUAGAUAGUGUGGUGACGAGUCAACCUUAAUGUACUCAGGGGCCAUUCAGUAGCCUUAUAACGGUGAGGUAGAAGCUUCCCUUGAGCAUGGUGACAUGUGCUCUUAGGCUUUUGUAUCUUCUGCCCAACGGGAGGGAGAGAAGAACAAAUGUCUGGGGCGGGAUGUGCCUUUCAUAAUGUUGAUUUCUUUACCAAGGCAGCGAGAAACUUGGACAGAGUCCGUGGAGGGAAGCUGGUUUCCGUGACAUGCAGAGCUGUGUCCACAAAUCUCUGCAGUUUCUUACAGCCUCAUCCAGAGCCAUUAGGAUCCUAUUCCGGAAUGCAUCGGGGCAGGAUGCUAUCUGCAGUGCAUCUAUAAAACUCAGUGAGGGUCAAUAGGAGCAAGUCCAAUUUCUUUAGCAUUCUAAGGAAGAAGGGAUGCUGGUUUGUGUAAUCGAUUGAAAGUGAUGAUCCAUUGACUACUCCAGCAGAACUAACCAAAGAGGUAACAUCAGGGACUUCCUGCAAGUCUUGGCUGCUGGACAAUGGUGAUUGAAGGGAUGGAAGGGUGUUGGUGAUACAACUAAUGGGUGCCCAGGAGCAAACCAUGGAGGAGGAGUCCUGUAGAUCACCCAGAAUGUUGCCAUUGAGCAAGUGUCUCAGGAAGAAGAUGGUAACGACGGAGGAGAAAGCCAGCACGGAUGUGGAAACUACUGAAGAGGCGGUGGCAGAAGCCCUGGGGGUGUGCCACCACGCCCACCCCGAUGGGGACGAAAGGAAGACUGAAAAGUUUACGUGCUCUACCUGCGGGAAGCACUUCACGUUCUUCAGCGUGCUGUCGGUCCACAUGCGGACGCACACUGGCGAGAAGCCCUACAAGUGCCCGUACUGUGAGCACAGGACUUCCCAGAAAGGCAACCUCAAGAUACACAUCCGCACUCAUCGCAUGGACGACUUAAGCGAGGGUCACGAGGCGGGCGCGGGAGGUCGGCGGAGAGAGGAAGCCCGGGCUGCAGAAGUGCGCGGCACUUGCCCUGAAGUUGGGCUGGUCAAGGAGGAUCGUGGGAAGGUGAUGUUGCGGAGGCUGAAGGAGAGGGAGCCCCUUGCCUCCACGUUAUGCUGCCAGGGCUGCAGAAGGUCCUUCGAGAAUCAAGAGCAGCUGGAUCAACAUAAGCAUCUCUUCCACAGGCUCUAUAAGUGCAGGCUCUGCGACUACUCUACCCUGAGGGACGACCAUUUCCUGAGCCACAUCGAGAGGGUCCACAUUACCCCGGAGGUGCCGGAAAGCCCUGGCGAGAAGGGCCAGGCCAAGCCGCGUGCCGGAGAGCUCACGUGCAGCACGUGCCAGCAGACCUUCUCCCAGGCCUGGUGUCUGAAGGCCCACAUGAGGAAGCACAGUGGCGCGCUGCAACACAGCUGCUCUGUGUGCGGGCGCAGGUUUAAGGAGCGCUGGUUUCUCAAGAACCACAUGAAGGUGCACACCGCCAGGAGCGCGAGCAAGAGCAAAGCCAGGCGGGGCGAUGGCGAGGGCUUGGCCACCAUCAACGACGUAGUGCAGGAGGAUGCGAUGGGCCUCACCUUCUCCCAGUACGAGAUCUGCAUGAAGUGUGGCUACCUCUUCCCAAGCCGGCAAAGUCUCAUCAAACAUGGGAAGCUCCACUCCAGGGCAUAUCAAGACUGCCCUGGGAAGCUACCAGCGGAGGUCAGUGACAGCUCCACAAAGGAUCGCUUCCUUAGAAGCCUGGAUCUGAGGCCAGUGGUGUCGCUGGAGAAUUUUACUGACCGCCUGUUGGCGAAGGGGCUGGCGGAGCUGGACCCUGUCAGUAGUUACCAAGCUUGGACUUUGGCCUGCAAGGCAGAAGCAGGAGAACUCGGCGAGUACCGGUGUAAUGGAGGGUCAGCGGAGCGUCCUUUGGUUACCGAGCCGGCCGGCGACAGAGGGAAAGGGGAGCAUGCCCUCGCCGCCAGUGAGAAGCGUAAGCGGGAAGGGGGCACAGAGGGCAACAGCUGCGGGAAGCGGCACAAUGGAAUGAUGGGCAAAGGAUGCCGGAGGAACGAUCCCGGGGUAAGCUUUGGCGGGAUGCUGCCCCAGGGCAAAAGCACGGAGUGUUCGGAGUGUGGCAAGGUGUUCCGGACUUACCAUCAGCUGGUGCUCCACUCCAGGGUCCACAAGAGGAACAGGCGGAGUGAGGCAUAUGUGAGGGCUCGGGCUGCAGACCAGGGCUCAGUCAGCGACUGGGAGUCUACGUUCACCAGCCGGCCCGGCACCCCCAGCUCCACCUCGGCCCUGCAAGGUGCAGCUGGACCGGGACUGGGUGAGGACGGUCCCAACAGCUUGGGAGAAGGUGUGGAGGUGCAGACAGAAACAGAAAAGCCUCACAGAAGUUUUCCUUGUGACACAGUGACCGAGUCACCUUCACUCCUUUGUGACAAAGACAGCUGUUCCACUUCUCCUCAGAAUGGAAUUAAAGAAGACCUUCCAAAUCCCACUAUUGGCAAUAAAACUGCUUUAAGUGACAUAGCUGGAGUCUUCCCUUCCCAUAGGAAUGCUGCUUGCUUUUCGGAUGCUAAGGGAUCCCGUGCAGGUUCUGAACGUGAUUCACUCGCUGAAGCAGGUGAACCUUUAGAACAACCUAAACAUGAGCUUGUUGGUGUGUUGGGAGAUGGCCUUCAUUCCAAUUUACCGCCAAGUUACCAGAAUGCAGCAAAGAAUAGAGUAAUGUCAAGGAAUACAGAGUUACCUCAAAAUAGCAAUACUUUAAGGACAGCAAAGCCUACACAACAUAAGGAGGGAGGCCUGAUCUCUGAUUCAAAUAAACCUGGAGACCAAGAUGAGUUUCCUUUGGAUCUGACAUUGGCAUUGUUAAAUGAUGUUCCUUGCAGAGAUAAUUUCAAUCUGAGGGGCAGGCUUUCCACACCACCACAGAAUACAAUGGUCAUCCAUUUUUGUCAGUUUUGCAGUCACACAACUCUUUAUCCUGAAGUUUUAUUAAUGCAUCAACGGAUCAACCACAAGUUGAACCUCCACAUCUCCCCUCCAGAAUGUCUUUCGAGGACUAAAUCAAAAGCCAGUGGUCAUCGCCCAAUGGGCAACAGUGGUGUUAGACGCACAGGUCCUCCUCCUCAACUGAAUGGCAAAGAGAGUUCCCCCAUGGUUCUCUCCAGAGCAGUUUGCACCUACCAGCCUCAUUCAAGCCAGUCAGCAGCACUGAAUUCUGCUCCACCAUGCUUGGCAACCUCUGGAAAGCCAGUUGAUUCAGCCCUGUGCAGAACACCCACCCAACCUACAAGCAGGAUAUCUAGAGGCCUUGCUUACAAUCCUCAGUGGUGUCAGAGACCAAACAAUAACCAGGAACAAUGUGGUUUAACUUCAGGAUCAAGAGUGAGGCUAAGUGAUGGUUCACAGCAAAAAAUAUCACAAGUUGGCAACUUUGGAAAAGGUUUUUUUAGUUCAGCUUCUGUGUUCUUGGGAUCUGGCAUGCCAGUUAGGAGAGUGACAGAAAGCCAGAAAUUGCUGAAGGAAGCUAGGGAACUGGCACCAUGUACUGAUCGGCACCAGGCAUACCCAACCAACGGUCAUGGUAGUCGAAGGCUCAAGGACCAAGCUUCACCCAAAGAUGUACAGCAUGCUCUGUAUAAAUCUGCUGCUCUGUUUCAGCAGGAGUGCUGGUCUGUAGGUACAAGUAAGCUGGGCUCAUUUGGGAGUCCCCCACCAGAUGGGAGGACAAACACGCCUAGGGAACAUUACUCCAGCCCAGCAAAAGACUCCACAUUUGUACACACAGUCAGACAAGUAUGGCCUCCAGCAGUAAGGGAGGUGUCCAAGUGCAUAGAUCCCAUUUACACACCUAUGCCCUACAGGUCUGGAGACUUGUCUGCCUUCUACCGUGGCUGGAGAGGUAACCAUCGCUUUUUGUAUCCAGCAGAAGAAACAGAUGGGAGACCCAUCCAAUGUCGAAUUUGUCCUUUCAGUGCUUCCCAAAAGGAGAAUCUGAAAAUGCACGUUGAAUAUGUUCAUCGUGUACCAUUCGACAAUAAUUUGUAUGCAGAACACCGCUUCAAAGGAUCCCAGGGUGAAAAUGGUCUCUACAAGACACUAGAGGUGCAGUUUGAACCCUCAUCACUUGAUCAUCAUCUUCCUGAAGCAACUAUCCUGAAGUGAGACCUUCUGCAAAAUCUUCCCGUUUUGGCAUUAUCAGGAUUUCUCCAUCCCCACGGAGCAGAAAGUGAUGGAGGUCUUUUGGUGUUGGAGUGGGGAAUGUGGCUAACACCUUUGUGGAUUUGUACUAGGCCUUAAACAGGCAUGGGACAAGUAUUUUUGACAUAAAAAUCAGACAAGUGCUGACUGGUUCAUCUAGAGAGAAUUAGCUGUUCUCUGCAGAUAGUUAAGGAUCAAUGUUGCUAUUGGAUGAGAAAUCAGCCAGCUGUUUGGAAAGCAUUUUUAUUGAUUAUUUACACUGGCAGAGUUUAACUCUUCACUGGAUCAUACCCUUGUUUUUACCACCCACAUAUUUAAGAGAGUCAGCUGUGCAUUUGAGCCACCAGACUGUUACCAGCAAAAUACACUAACUUGGGCAAUCAACUCCUCCCUGAUCACGUCAUUGAAAAUGAUUACUCAACAUAGAAGUCCAACGUUUAUCAAAGAUGCAGUCAUACUUCUUUUAAUUUAAUGAAUAGAUUUGGCAAAACAAAUUCCUUUUAACAAUGAAAAGGCAAGUCAUGUCAACAGGAAAGCUACGUGAUAUCCCCAAUAGAAGAAGUACUAUAUUUUAACAAGGUCACAUGUGUAUAUUGUUUUUAAUAACAUCAUAUUAAACAAGAGAAUUGCCCUUUUCUCCUCUGUCUACACUUUGGCCUAUUUUUGGAAUAAAUGAGUACUUGAGCAGAAAUAGAUGCCACCUUAGGAAACAACGAAGGUUUUCUAACAUGUAAAACUAGCUGCGGUUUAUAUAAUUUACAGAAAAGUUUGCAGUAAACUGGUCAGUUAAUAACAGCAGCGACACAUGCAUUCCUUCAUUGUUCAGGACUACAUGACAAGGUUAAUCUACUUUAAUUUGUAUUAUGUUACUAAAUUGUGAUAUCCAACAACUCUGCACUCUUGGGAUUGUUGUUAAUUUACAUUCUCCAACUUUGCCAAGCACUUCCGCUCCGUCUGCAAAAAGCGAGAUUUCCUUGUGGCCAACCAUUUUAAUUCCUAUCCACAUUUUUGUUCUGACAUAUCCGUCCAUGGCCUCCUCUUCUGCCAUGAUGAGGCCACUCUCAGGUUGAAGGAGCAACACCUCAUAUUCCAUCUAGGUAGCCUCCAACCUGAUGGCAUGGGCAUUGAUUUCUCCAACCUUCCAUAAUUUUUCUUUCCCUCCCCUUGUCUUCAAUUCCCCACUCUGGCCUCCUUACCUCUUCUCCACACCUCUCCCUGCUGCCUUUUUAUCUAUGGUUCACUCCCCUCUCCCAUAAGAUUCCUUCUCCUCCAGCUCUUUAUCUUUUCUACCUAUUGCCCCCACCCACCUAGCUUCAUCUAUCACCUUCUGGAUUGCUCUCCUUCCCCCCUCUUUUCCAGGUGUGAUGAAGAGUCUCCACCUGAAAAAUCAAUUGUUUAUUCAUUUCCUUAGAUGCUGCCUGACCUGAUGAGUUCCUCCAGCAUUUUGUGUGUUGCUCAGGGUUUCCAGCAUCUUGUGUUUAAGAUUAAGAAUCACUGGGCCUUGAGCAAACAGGAAGAUAGAUGUCUCAUGAGCCAUUCUGGAUAAGGCAAAAUUCCAACCACAGAAUAGAUUAACUGGGCCAAACUCUGCCCUUUACCUGUGGACAUGAUUCAAACAGUGUGGGGAAAAGCAUAGUCAUGUUCUUUGAUAGAAGGAGUAAAAGUGUAGACCAUUUUCUAAAAACAGAGCGCAAAUUCAGAACCUAGAAAUGCAAAGGGGCUUGGGAGUCCUAGUGCAGAACUCACUCUAGGGUAACUUACAGAUUGAGUUGGCGGUGAGGAAGGCAAAUGCAAGGGUUGCAUUCUUAUUCAGAAUACUAGAAUAUAAAGGCAACAAUGUAAUGUUUUAUAAGGCAUUGGUCAGCCCUCAUUUGAAAUACUGUGAGCAGUUUUGAAUAUAUCCGAGAAAGGGUGUACUGGCAUUAGGGAGAGCUCAGAAGCUUUGUGAGAAUGAUCCCAGGAAAGAACAGGUUGACUCAUGAGGAGCCUCUAAUGGCUCUGAGCCUGAAUUCGCUGGAGUUUAGAAGAAUGAAGGAAUAUCUCAUUGAAACUAUUGAAUAUUCAAAGGUCAAGAUAGAGUGGAUAUGGAAAAGAUGUGUCCAAUAGUGGGAGACUCUAGGACUUGAGGGCACACCUCAUAGUAGAAGUACAUCCCUUUAGAAGCAAGAGAAUAGGGUUGGUUGAGGGAAAAUAAUCACUUAUGAUAAUGGCUGAGCAUACUUGAUGGGUCAAAAAGCCUAAUUUUGCUCCUAAGUCUUAUGGUCUUUUGAAUUCAAUUCUGAGGUCAGGUGCUGACUGUGUGGAGUUUGCAUGCUCUUCCUGUGAUUUAGUUUCCUCUCACAUUACAAAGAUAUUCGGGUUAGUGGGUUAAUUGGACUCUAUAAGUUUCUCCUCCCUUGUGGGUGAGAGGUAGAAUCUGUGGGGGUGGGGUUGAUGGGAAUGAGGGGAUGAAAGAAUAGGAUAGGAUGAAGUGAAUGUUAAAAUGUAUGCUUGAUGGUCAGCACAGGGUCAUUGGGCUGAAAGGCCUGUCUCCAAGCUGUAUUGCCAAGGCUCUAUAACCUCAGAAGUUGCACAAUACAACUUCUCUGGUACGUCAAAAUGCAAACUGCUAUAAUCUAUGGAGAGAUCAAGCAGCAACUCCAGAAAGUCAAACUGUUAAGAUAGAAAUUAGUUCUGUAUAGUAACCCAUGCACUUUGAAAGUCAUCUCCUGGGACUCCUGCUGCUGUAGGGAGUUUGGCUGUUUUCCCCAUGACCACAUGGGUUUCCUCCCACAGUCCAAAGUAAUUGGUCACAUAGGCGUAACUGGACACUGCAGGCUCAUUGGGACAGAAGGGCCUGUUAAUGUGAUGCAUCUCUAAGUAAAUACAUAAAAAUAAAAUAAAAUUAAUGAAAGAUCUUAAUAACUAAUAGCAUUAAUAGAUUUCGGGAAACGAGGUAAAUUGAUUAAUCAAUUACAUCAUUGAAUUGCAAAAGAGACCGGAGUCUUCCUUGUAUUGUGUUGUUCCUAAAAGAUUUUCACCCUUGAGCCCAUUGCCUUAACAUCCUCUGAAGACUUUCUGAAGCUGUUACCCCUAUGCUGAGCUGUGACACCCAGAAUUCUCUAUCACAACAUUGCUGAGACUCAACUUAAUAGCUGCAGUGCGAAUUUGGUCCGAACACUUUACAUGGCAGUUGGGAUGUGGAUCCUUGACUUAAAACUUGUAACAACACAAACCCUAAGCUGCUAUUAUUUUCUAACGGGGUGGUUAACAAGUUAUUUGUACAAAAAUAUAAACAUAACUUACCAGGAAGAAUCAUUGUGCUAGGCAGCAUUCAAACCCAGUCAUGUAUGACCUGAAAGAACUGUUCACUGAGCCAAAUAGGAGGUUGUAGACAAAUCUGUUGUAGCUUCAUUUGGGGACAGUGGAUAAAAGGGUGGGAGUGGGCUUUGUAAUGCAAAAAGAAAUGCUAAAGAGAUACCAAGAACAUGGCAACACAGCAGAAAAGAGAUGUGAAAGACGUGAUUGGUUCAGAAAGAAAUCUGGCAGCAGCAGGGGAGAAAACUGAUCUUGAGUCUGACCUUCGAGGCUCUCAAGCUCCUGUAUCUUCUCCCAAAGAAAGGAUUUCACUGGCUAGGGAUGGAAUAUUAAUGUUAGCAGCUAAUAUCCUGCUCUCCAAAGACACACACUGGAAUGUAACCCAGAUCAGGCUCGGUAAUUUUUAAGCUAUCUCAGCUGGUGACAUGCAACAGACAUUAAACCCCUGAUAUACAUUGGCCUGAGACUGUUUCUGAUCCACUUACCUCCCACUAAAACUAUUCUUUCCAUUAAGGGGUUGCUCAGCACAAAUUUUCUCAAAGAUGGUGCAAUGAAAGGGGAAAUUAAUUAAGGUUCUUAAAAUCUUGAAAGGUUUUGAUGGAGUGGAUGCAGAUGGCAUGUUUCCUCUUGGGAUCCAUCUUCCCUCCAUUCCUUUCAUUUUUGAGAUAUUGGAGAAGAGUUCAAUAUUUGAGCCGAUGAACAAGGGCACUUUAUAAAAAAAAAGCUUGGACAGAGCAGGGUAACAUUUGUGCACUCUUUGCUUGCUGUGGCUUCUCCAUUGAGGCAGAUCUCUCCAGGUAGAUUCUCCCGAUGUAGCCUCUGGGAGAACCCACAGUGGGAACCAUCAGUCACCCUCUACAUUUCUUAAAUCAUACCCAAACAAUAAUGGGUUAUCAAUUCCAAGAAACAGGCAUCAUUAAAAAGUCAACAGUGGUUUUUAAUGGAAAUGGCGGAGAAUGGUUGGAAUGUGGAGAUUACCAGUAUAGGAAGUGGUGAAGGUCUUUAGGGACAAGUGCUAUAAACGCAUGAGGGAGAAAGAAAAACAAAAAGGGUGCAACUAUGGUGAUAUGGAGCCAAACAUGUAAGCAUAGAGCAGCUGAAUGCAUCUACUGGCUAAUUUCUGAAGUCUGCUUCUCUGACUGGGUUACUGAGAGGUGCUGGCUUUUGGAUGAAGAAACACACUAGCACCCUGACCUCUUUCUCACUUAGAUAUAAAGUAUUCCCAAAUUUUGAAUUUUUUCCUUGAGCCGUGGGCAAUAUUUAUGUUAUUUUAUUACAAGAAUGAAUAGUAACUUGGACUGUUAUAAGCCUAUGUAAUAUUUGUGCAGAUUGCCCUGUGUUGCUCAGUGGGGCACUGUACUCUGUUAAUAAAUCUCUCAUUCUGUCUCCCAGCAAGGCAAGGAUUGUACUCUGAAAAUAAACACAGACUAGCACACAUAUAAUUGGGAAACUGAAUUCUGCGAACAAGGACAAAAAAAAUCAUUUUUCAAUUCAACUCAUUUCAAAGCAAGUUGUCUGAUCACAAGCACAAUAAUGUUUGCAGAGCUUGCUAUAAGCAGAUUGGUUCCCUUGCUUCCUAAAAACAGGUUAUAAACUGCUUCUGUUGUCACUGGUUCCCCAGUCCUGCUUUCUGCAUUUGUACAACUGGAGUUUCUGGCUUAACUGCAUCGCCUUUGAUGAAAAUGUCCUUGCUGACAAUGAGAUUUUAAAAAGUGAUUUAUU